UCGCCCAUCCCUGACUCACACGUACACACAAUUUAGUCGUGAUUUCUUUUAUUUGUUUAAAAUUAUUGCUAAAAACUAAACAAAAAAGGGUCUUAAACCGUUGGCCAACAUGUUGAGUGCUUGUGUUAAUGUUUGCGAGCCUUUUCCCUAAAAGGAGGCCAGCGCGGGCCAUUGUUCUCUGCACCUGGUAAUCGAGGGAAGAGAGUGGGAGAGCACGGCACUCCAAAGAACCAACUCUACACUACAAUAAAUUAAAUAAAAGUCAAACAACAAAUUCAAUUAUCCACCAUGGAGCGGCGCGUGAAGCUGAAGACAAUUAACCCGCACAUCACGUGCAAGAUCUGCGGCGGAUAUUUCAUUGAUGCCACAACUGUGACGGAGUGUCUGCACACAUUUUGCAAGAGCUGCCUGGUGAAGCACCUUGAGGAAAAGAAAACCUGCCCCACCUGCGAUAACAUCAUACACCAAUCUCAUCCCCUGCAAUACAUCAGUUUCGAUCGCACCAUGCAGGACAUUGUGUACAAACUGGUGCCGAAACUGCAAGAAGAUGAAUCGCGCAGGGAGCGAGACUUUUACAAAAGUAGGAACAUGCCUUGCCCGAAAGACAUCACGCAAAACCAUGAAGAUGACAAUGAGAAGGUCAUGGAGGCGCAUGCCGAAUCCGACUUCCAUCGUCUGGACGAGCAGGUCAACGUGUGCCUAGAGUGUAUAAGCAAUAACUUUAAGAAUCUGCAAAGGCGCUUCAUACGCUGUAGCUCCCAGGCGACGAUAACGCAUCUCAAAAAGCUGGUCGCCAAGAAAAUCCUCAAUGGGAUUGAAAAGUAUCGUGAAAUUGACAUUUUGUGCAACGAGGAGCUGCUGGGCAAAGAUCAUACGCUCAAGUUUGUCUAUGUCACACGAUGGCGUUUCAGGGAUCCUCCGCUCCGCCUGCAGUUUCGACCCCGAGUUGAUCUCUAACAACUGCGACGAUGGGCCUCUGCUGUUUCUAGUAUAAUGCUACAACAAAUGAUCUAUUUUUAUAAUUUAUUGACAAAGCGUAAAUAUCGUAAUUAGGAGAGUACCUACCCCAAGCAUAGUGUUAGACCCUCCCCCGUCCCCUUUCCGUAUCCCACAUCUAUGUAUGUAUGUGUAAAUGUGCAUGUAUAUAAAGUCGUAGUCUAAUAGUUAUUCCCUUCUCCCCCACCACCACCACCUCCUAGGCGUAAGUACUCCUUUAUUUGUAUCCUUUAUCGUGUGUUUACCCCCUUCCCUCCCCUCCUAUUUGUUGCUAAUGUCGCCCCUGAUUUAAUCAACCCUCUCUAUGUAUUUGCAAUAUUUUCAUGUUCUCAUAUUGUCCUCUUUUAAGUAUCAAAUAUACACAAAUAUAUUUAUUAU